AUGAAUUGGGAUUGGGUAUACCCAAGCCAGGCCCUAAUAUGGGCCGUUUGGAUCCUUGCAGCGAUCAUCAGGGGGACUGAGACUGAAGGGCCACAGAGGAACACCAAGCUGGGAAGGAUCCAGGGGAAGCAAGUCACAGUGCUGGGAAGCCCCAAGUCUGUGAAUGUGUUUCUUGGAAUCCCCUUUGCUGCACCCCCUCUGGGACUCCUGCGAUUUGCAGACCCACAGCCUGCAAAGCCCUGGGAUGGCUUACGACAUGCCACUUCCUACCCCCCACUGUGCUUCCAGAACUUACAGUGGAUGAGCACACAUCAACGCCUGCUCAAGGUGCAUUACCCCAAGUUAGAAGCAUCAGAAGACUGCCUCUAUCUUAACAUCUAUGCACCGGCCCAUGCUGAUGAAGGCUCCAAUCUCCCUGUCUUCGUGUGGUUCCCAGGAGGUGGCUUUGAGAGUGGUUCAGCUUCUGUCUUCGAUGGGUCUGCCCUGGCUGCCUACGAGGACAUGCUGGUUGUGACCACCCAGUACCGACUAGGAAUAUUUGGCUUCUUCAACACAUGGGACCAGCAUGCCCCAGGGAACUGGGUCUUCAAGGACCAGUUGGCUGCCUUAUUCUUCCAGGAAAACAUCAAGUUCUUUGGUGGGAACCCCAGCUCUGUGACCAUCGCUGGCGAGUCAGCAGGAGCCAUAAGUGUUUCUGGCCUUAUUUUGUCCCCAAUGGCCAAGGGCUUAUUCCACAAAGCCAUCAUGGAGAGUGGGGUGGCCAUCAUCCCCUACCUGAGAAACCUCGAUGACAAGCUGAGUGAAGAUUUGCAGAUGAUUGCACAUGACUGUGCCUGUAAUGCAUCAGACUCCAAAGCCCUGCUGGAGUGCCUGAGAACCAAAUCUUCCAAGGAGUUGCUGAGCCUUGGCAAGAAAACAAAUUCUUUCACUCGAGUGGUUGAUGGUGUUUUCUUUCCUGAAGAGCCUCUAGAACUAUUGUCUAAGAAAACAUUUGAAGCAAUUCCUUCAAUCAUCGGAGUCAACAACCAUGAGUGUGGCUUCCUACUGCCCAUGGUGGACAGUCCUGAGGUCAUCGAUGGCUCCAACAAGACUUUAGCCCUAGGCAUGAUACAUUCUUUCCUGGUAACAUAUCCCCCCCAGUAUCUGCAUGUCGUGGCUAAGGAAUAUUUCCAUGACAAGCACUCCUUGACUGAUAUCCGAGAUACCUUACUGGACUUACUUGGAGAUGUGUUCUUUGUGGUUCCUGCACUGGUCACAGCUCAAUAUCAUAGAGAUGCUGGUGCACCUGUCUACUUCUAUGAGUUUCAGCAUCGGCCCCAGUGCUUUGAACACUCAAGGCCAGCAUUUGUCAGAGCUGACCACACUGAUGAAGUUCGUUUUGUCUUUGGAGGUGCCUUCCUGAAGGGUGACAUCGUCAUGUUUGAAGGAGCCACAGAGGAGGAGAAACUGCUGAGCAGAAGGAUAAUGAGAUACUGGGCUAACUUUGCUCGGAGUGGGAAUCCUAAUGGAGAUGGCCUGCCUCUGUGGCCUGUCUACGAUCAGAUGGAGCAGUACUUAAUGCUGAAUUUGAACGUGAGCCAGGGAAAGAAACUGAAAGAACAGAGGGUGGAGUUUUGGACCAAUGCCAUCUCCCUGAUCAUGUCUGCUUCUGAAGCUCUGCCCAGUCCUCCUGCCUCCUUAAUCCUCUUU